AGAUAACAACAACAUCUUGAACCUGAAGUUUGUUGUCCACUCUUACUCUUAGUCCUCUCGAUCCUUACACAUUACCAGUCUUCACAGAACUGACAUUAACAUGUGUGUAGAAUGUACAAGUUGACUGCCGACUGUUUGAUUGUGUAAUAAUUUUUGACAGAAAAGACAAAGACAACAAAGAUGGCGUACAUUGUAGACAACUGGGACGAAGAGGACAUUCAAGAAAUAAGGAAGCAUCUCAACAAACCCACAUCGCAAACAGAAUGCGGCCAACUCCGGGGUAUUCUCAAGAAGAUACUAAGUCAGGUUACCAGAGGGCUUGACAUGUCGCCCCUGUUUGCUGAUAUUGUAAAGCUGUGUGCCACAGUAGACAUACCAGAGAAGAAGCUGGCCUACUUGUACAUGACGACGUACGCACACAGAAAGCCAGAUCUAGCCCUGCUGGCCGUCAACACGAUGCAGAAAGAUUGCAAGGACGCUAAUCCUAUGAUCCGUGGAUUAGCUCUGAAGACUUUGUGCUCACUGAGACUUCCAGAGCUUAUUGAGUACACCAAGCAGCCUCUUCUGGCUGGACUGAGGGAUAAGAGUGCGUAUGUAAGAAGAGCAGCCGUCCUUGGAUGCCUCAAGAUAAACAACAUUAGUCCGCAGUUCAUAGCUGAUCAUGGCAUUAUUAACAUGCUGUAUGAGAUGUUGAGAGACGGGGAUGUGAUUGUCGUCAUCAACUGUAUGCUGGCUUUGGAGGAAUUACUGGACCACGAGGGCGGAAUUGCUAUUAAUCAGAGGAUCGCUCACUACCUGGUGAAUAGAUUAUCAGAGUUUACUGAAUGGGGACAGUGUUGUGUCUUGCAGUUGUUGUUGAAGUACACUCCGCAAAGUGAAGACGAAAUGUUUGAUAUGAUGAAUGUAGUGGAUGCAUUCUUAAAACACACUAACUCUGGAGUAUGUAUGGCCGCUGUUCGCUUGAUGCUGCAUCUCACAACAGAUCUGCCCGAUAUCAGCAAAGAUGUAUACAAUCGUCUUAAAGGUCCGCUUUUGAAUCUACUGAGUAGUGAUCGUCCUGAGUUGGUAUACACAGCAUUGUGUCACCUGGAAUGGUUCAAUACAAGGCUGCCCGGCAGACUGGCUAAAUACUACAAGAAAUUCUACUGCAGAUACAAUGAUCCAGGUUAUGUCAAGUACAAGAAGAUUGAGCUGUUGUCCUCGCUGUGUUCUGAGGAUUCGCUCAAGGACAUCGUUGAAGAGCUAAGUGUCUAUGCAAUAGAUAUCUCUAUUCGUCUAUCCCAUCUCGCUGUGGCUGCCUUGGGGAAACUCGCCAACACAUCUAUAGCUUACUCAGGACCCUGUGUGGAGGCUCUCCUCACCUUACUCUCACUACAGAUCGACUCUGUCUCGUCUCAAGUCUUGGUUGUCUUCCAGGACAUCCUUCGUUAUGAGCAUCUUAAAGACUUCAUCCCGGCAGUGGUUGAGAGACUUCCGUCAUGUGAGCAGCUCAUCCAGGAGCCGUGUGGUAAAGCUGCUCUGGUUGGGCUCAUUGCUCAGUAUGGCCAGGAUCUUCCUGAUGCUCCAUACAUUCUUGAAAGCAUGAUUGACACAUUGGAGGAGGAGCGUAACACGAUGGUCAAGUUGAGUUUGCUGACAGCUACUAUCAAACUGUUCUUUAUCAGGCCUGCCGAGUGCCAAGACAUGCUAGGCAAGAUUCUGGAGUAUGCUAUAGAAUGUGAGAGUAAUGCUGAUCUCCAGGAAAAGGCAAAGAUGUACUAUAGACUCCUAAGCAAAGACGUCCAAAAGGCAAAGGAUAUCAUAAGCGCACCUCCGUCUCGCCUACCAGUACCGUGUCCCAGUGACACAUCAGCGGAUGUUCACCAUUUCAACUCCAUAGCUUUACUGUUUGGACCAGAUAGAUGGAGAGAAAUCCAAAAAUCUAAUUAUGGAGAGGAAAAUGAAGGCCACAGUCCUCUAUCAUUUGUUGAGCUUAAACCAAACGAUGGUGAGCUAGAACUUGACAUCACAGCCACCGGCCAGCUGCUGGACUUAGACGGGGUCACAUCUGAGUUCAACUCUGAGGUCACACCGGAAGUCAUGUUGGAGAAUGAAGCAGAGGCCAUUCCCGUGGCGUCUACACUGGUCAGUUUAGGUGGUGUUGAGCCAGAGGUCAUGUCUACACUGGUCAGUUUAGGUGGUGUUGAGCCAGAGGUCAUGUCUACACUGGUCAGUUUAGGUGGUGUUGAGCCAGAGGUCAUGUCAGCAGUCCGUUCUGAUGGGGUCGCUACAGAGACAGUCACUCGGGUCACCACUGAGGCCAAAUUCCUCACCAAUGUCAGUUUAGCACCGGAGGAGUUUGAAGGGAAAUGGACCACGUGGAAGAGCUGUGAAUUGCAAGAGCUCAAAAUAAUGAAGUCUCUACAGCCCAAAGACAUCCAGAGACAACUGGAAGAACUAGGAUGUAAAACCAUGGCAACCACACCGGAGGAUUCUGCUCCAUGGAGAGCUUUUCUUUAUGCAAAGGAGGAUCACACAAAGCAACUGUUCUUAAUAGAAGUCGCCCUUGACCUGGUGAAUGACCUUCUGACCUUUGACAUACGAUGUGAUGAAGGUCAAACAUCUACCGAUCAGGCAGCGUUGGUCGUCAAGAAAUUACUUUUGGAUGCAGUAUCCUAAAAGUAUCGUGAAGAAUAGGUUUGAUGAACAGAUGUCUUACUUCAUGAUCAAGUUUAGGUUUUUUUCUAAAGCACAUGACCAACAAUGGUAACUGUCAAAAUCCACAGUAUCGGCCCCUUCUGUGAACCAUCAACAUGUAGAUUGCAUAACAAACAUCAGCUCAAUAGGUCAUCAACAAAGGUCUCACAAAAUGGUAUAAAACUCUAUUUUCAGAGUCACGACUUCUAAACUAAUUGUUUUACUCAUUUCUCAAAAAACAAUAGCAAUUCUGGCAAAUUAGCUAUGUGUAUGUUUCUGAAUAAUUUUAUUUUCAAUUUUACUGUUGUUAUGCUCAUAGAUUGGUAGCGUCAUAGAUUGGUAAACACUCCAAAAAUGUAUGGCCAUAAAAACUUAGUUGGUGAGAAGCUACUGGAAAAAGGAUUCAUGCAUGAAUUGUUGCUCAGUUUUCGGUUGAAAUUAAGGUUGGUGUACAUUUGCGAAUGAUGCGCCAGAGGUGCAGUCAGUAAAGGCAUAAUAAUAAUAAUAAUAAUAAUAAUAAAGACUUGUAAACCGCACAUUUUCACCCUGCUGGGUGUUCAAG